AUGACUGAAAACGAAGUCUACGACAUAUGGCGCAACAUAGAUGGUAUUUUAAAGAAUAGCUCACACAAUGAGCAUCAGAAGCAAAAUCAUCCUAUUUAUUCCAAAGAAACAAAGAAAACUCCAAAGACUCCAGAAAGACCUCCCCCAAAGAGAAGACUGCAAAAGGAAAAGCAGGCACACACUAAACGAAGAAGCUCUGAUGAACAUGCUUCUCCAGUGAAAAAUAUACAGCUUCCAAAUUACUCUCACGAUAAUAUCGUUAUGCGAAUGUUCUUCCUCAGAUGGCUCAAAAAGCUUGCAGAAAAGCUUCAAUCUAAUACCAUAGCUGAAUCAGUGACAGUAAUUAAUAACAAACCAGAAAUUUUACAAAAUUCGAACUUAAAAUAUAUUAAAGGCUCACAGAUCGAUAAAUUACAGACAAAGAACAAACCUGUCUUCGUAGACAAUGCUUCAUCUUUCCAAAUUGAUUUUGAAAUGACGUCUCCUUCACCUUCGAAACAAGAUCUUGCAUUUGCUUCACUCUCUGAUGGAAGUACUAUUAAUGACGCCUCAUUCAGUUGCUCCGAAGUUCAUGAGUCUUUCAAUUCCAUUAGUGGUGUUCAAUCUGGCCUUGAAGCAACAAUAUAUGACCUCUCGUUAAGCCAGCUAGUUAACAAAUAG